UUGCGCUCCACCCAUGAGACACGGUCUGUUUAGUCUGGUUCCACCGCGAACAUUCAUUCCCCAUCCGGAGGAGGAGAAAUAGCUGCUUCUGUAGACCUUCAGCACAGUCUGCCUCUCCAACAGUAGUCGGCGUGCUGAUCUAGGAGCUAACCAGCAGCCCUCUUUCAGUGUGAGACCUGGGACAGCGACGCGAAGGGGAGAGCUUUCGACACUGAGCACGGCGGCAGUCCCCCAUGGCUCUGUGCAACGGAGACAGCAAGCUGGGAAUCAGCACCUCAGAGCAGAAUGGAUCAUGCGAGGGGGCGGUGGCGAUCCUGGAUGCAGGAGCACAAUAUGGGAAGGUGAUUGACAGACGGGUGCGGGAGCUGUGUGUCCGCUCAGAAAUUCUCCCUUUAGAGACCCCAGCCUUUGCAAUCAGAGAACAGGGUUACAGAGCAAUCAUUAUUUCAGGAGGUCCAGCCUCUGUGUAUGCAGAAGAUGCUCCCUGGUUUGACCCAGCCAUAUUUACCAUAGGAAAGCCAGUCCUUGGGAUUUGCUAUGGGAUGCAGAUGAUGAAUAAAGUUUUCGGUGGUACAGUCCACAAAAAGAGCGUGAGGGAGGAUGGAGUGUUCAACAUUGCUCUGGACAACACAUGCUCCCUUUUCAGAGGCCUUCAGAAGGAGGAACUAGUGCUGCUGACCCAUGGUGACAGUGUGGAUAAAGUGGCUGAUGGAUUUAAAGUGGUGGCCCGGUCAGGAAACAUCAUUGCUGGGAUCGCUAAUGAACAGAAGAAGCUGUAUGGAACACAGUUUCACCCUGAGGUUGACCUAACGGAGCGAGGCAUGGAGAUGCUGCGGAACUUCCUGUUUGAGAUUGCGGGCUGUACAAGUAACUUCACCGUACACAACCGCCAGCAGGUUUGCAUCAAUGAAAUCAGAGAAAAAGUGGGUGCAUCUAAAGUUCUGGUGCUACUGAGUGGUGGGGUCGACUCAACAGUUUGCACUGCUCUCCUGAACAAAGCUCUAAACCAGGAGCAGGUGAUAGCAGUUCACAUCGACAACGGCUUUAUGAGGAAGAGAGAAAGUCAGAGUGUGGAGGAGGCCCUCACCAAGCUGGGGAUUAAACUCAAAGUGGUAAAUGCAGCUCACACCUUUUACAAUGGGACAACAACUCUUCCCAUCUCUGAGGAGGACAGGACGCCACGGAAACGCAUCAGCAAGACCUUGAAUAUGACCACCAAUCCUGAGGAAAAAAGGAAGAUUAUCGGAGACACAUUUGUAAAAGUGGCUAAUGAAGUACUUGGAGAAAUGAACCUUAACCCAGAAGAGGUUUUCUUGGCGCAGGGCACCCUGCGGCCUGAUCUCAUUGAGAGUGCCUCUCAUAUUGCCAGCGGAAAGGCAGAGGUCAUCAAAACACACCACAACGACACCGAGCUCAUCCGCAAGCUCAGAGAUGAGGGAAAAGUAAUUGAACCUUUGAAGGAUUUCCAUAAAGAUGAGGUGAGAGCUCUGGGGAGAGAACUAGGCCUGCCAGAGGAGAUUGUCUGUCGGCAUCCUUUUCCCGGGCCUGGUUUGUCCAUCAGAGUGAUUUGUGCUGAGGAGCCUUAUAUUUGUAAGGAUUUUGCUGAAACAAACAACAUCCUCAAAAUCGUCACAGAUUUUUCUGCAAGUGUCAAAAAGCCUCAUGCCUUGCUCCAGAGAGUUAAGUCAUGCAUAUCAGAUGAAGAGGAAGAAAAGCUCAUGCAGAUCACCAGCCUUCAUUCACUUAAUGCCUUCCUGCUGCCCAUCAAAACUGUUGGUGUCCAGGGAGAUUGCCGGUCUUACAGUUAUGUGUGCGGUGUCACAAGUAAAGAAUCUCCUCACUGGGAAUCACUGAUGUUCCUGGCCAGACUCAUCCCUCGCAUGUGCCAUACCAUCAACAGAGUUGUGUAUAUAUUUGGGUCACACGUGAAGGAGCCGCCAACAGACAUUACGCCAACUUUCCUGACCACCGGUGUUCUGAGCACGCUCAGACAGGCAGACUUUGUUGCUCAUUCUAUCCUUAGAGAGUCUGGUUAUUCAAACAAGAUCAGUCAGAUGCCGAUCAUCCUCACUCCCCUGCAUUUUGACCGGGACCCCCUGCAGAAGCAGCCAUCCUGUCGGCGCUCCGUCGUGGUCCGCACCUUCAUCACCAGCGACUUCAUGACGGGCAUCGCUGCCAUGCCUGGCAACCAUAUCCCGGAGGAGGUGGUGCUAAAGAUGGUAAAUGAGAUCAAGAAAAUCCCCGGCAUCUCCAGAGUGAUGUAUGACCUGACUUCCAAGCCACCCGGCACCACAGAGUGGGAAUAGAGCCUCAUCAUGGCUUCAUAUCAAUAGGACACACAUUCACACACACUCUCCGCAGAUACAGGAGGGCCGGUGAGCCGCUCUCUCUCUGUCCUUCCUCCCUCAUCCCCUCUUUACCUCCUCUUGCUCUUCAACAUUCCCAUGGAAGGCAGACCGUACUGUGACGAAGCCCCUCCGUUCUGCGCUCCCCACCACUCCUACCUGGUCUUAAUUUGUUUUUUCCUUUGGCAAUAGGGAUUUAAUAGUGUUGGUUGUGGUUAAUAUAUUGUCAUUUUUAAUUCAUCUACGUGUUCCGGCUAUUAUACAAAGGUAAAUCGCCGCUUCCUUUUUAUGAGCUAAACCUUUAAAAGCAAGCGGUAAGAAGCUGUGAUGGCUGAGUUGACUCGAUGUUGUGCCUAAAGAUUAAUUGUGGGUUGGAUAAAAUAUGAAAAGCAAACUAUAUUGUCAUGAAAGAAAAUCUAGUAGUGGGUUGGGGAGAGGAAGAAACUACUCAGCUGUUGCUUUGUUGUUUUUGUUUUUGUUAUUUUUUUCUUGUAGUACAGAAUGUUUUCAGCCUAAGACUAUCCUCUAUUUGUACACUCUUCCUCUCAGCCUCCAUACUGUGUUACAUCAUAGGCUGUCUGAAUCGGCAGCCUAUGUGACCAAUCAAUUUUUAAGCUCUCUUUCUUUUAUUUUGCCAAAAGUAGAAUAUGCUGUGGUGAUGUUGAAUAUUGUGAACUCCUCACAUUAGUUGACAACAGCUGUUGGGUUGUUUCUGCAUCCCUGUUGGACAGCAGUCCACCCAGCAGUAGCUUCAGAGUGAUGACUCCUGUGCAGCCUGUGAAGGAGACCAAUGCAGCUGGUAACUUUGUAUGUGCCUGUUCUGUGUUUUCAUGUUUGUUUGUUUUUCUUUCUCUGAUGUGAAAUUACUUGGACUCUGUCUAUAGAGGAGGACACUGUUCUCCUCAUGCUGCAGUGUGUGUGCUUUUUUUAUGGAGAAGAUUAUAAAGGCAAAGGACUAAUAUCAAACCUAUAAGUACAGUAGUCAGAGCUUUUAAUCACAUUAUGUCACUUGCUGUUAUUUCAUGAUUUGGCUGCUCCUGUGAUUUGACAGAGGCACGUUUUUGCACAUUUUCCACCCAUAAAGCCUCGGUGCUACAUCAGCAUAGACAUCAAGUAGAACAUUCAUCUUAACCAUGUCCCUCUGUAGUGUUAAAAGGUGCAUUUAGGGGAGCUGGUUCCAGCUCCUGCCUCAUUUCAGUUUGCCUCAGAAAGGCAUCGUCGCACCUUGUGUACACGUUCACUUUCACAACGUUCAAUAUAUCAUGUUCGGUCUCCAGUCUUGUCAUUUAGACCUCAGUGAAUACAGUGCUCAGGUUUAACUGAGUUUUUAAAACUGUGUAGUACCCUGUUAGAGAUAUUUAACCCGGAUGUGAUGGCUCCAUUCGUUUUCUGUGCCUCUCAUCCUUCUGUUAACUCAGCUUUUUGGUGACGCGAUGGUUUUUCCUAACCUUAACUGCUGUUGGUUAUUGUCCUUCAGUUUUGCCUUUUUUACCGUCUGUGUUUUAUGUUAUACAAGUCCCCAAUCUUUUUCUUUUUCAAAUUUCAAUAAGAUUAAGUUAUGCAAUACUGUGUAAUUAUUUUCUUUCAAGUUUGCUCAGCGACUUUCAUUUUUCUACGUAACGUGCCUCAAACCACGCCACUGCAUGCAGUUUCAACUAUGACAUUUGUACAAUGGAAACUGAGCUUUAAUAAAGAUCUCAAUGUUAAAACUUC